CUUAAGCCGGAUGGGAACUAGCUUCUAUCGUCUCCGCGCUCAAGGGUUACACAUUCACAAAGAUAUCUGAGAUUCAACCCACUGGAUACCAGUAACACACACAGUGUAGUUGUGUUGACAUUUGGCUUUGCUCAGCUGCUGCCUUACACUCAUAUGUAAGCUGCUGUUACUGUGAAGAUCACGUACAAUACACGUCACUGCGUUUGCCAGUAAAGGAGAAACAUUAUACUGAAUAUCUGACAAAUUCAGGUUCGCUGAACAAGAUAAUGUCUGACAAGACCGAGAACCAAACCUCAGACCUUCCUGAUGCACACAGAGAUGAAGAUAACACUGAUAUAGUGAAAGUUGAGAUAACAGAAGAUCUGUGUGUGAGGCAUCAGCUGGGAGCAACAGAUGAGGAAACCAGUGACAGUAUCAGCUCAGGCCAUAUGGAUGUGACACCUUCAGAUGACUCGGCGUCAGAGCACGGAGGAGAACCAUAUGAGUAUGAUCAGGUGAAGACUGAGGAGGAUGAAGUUCCUAUAAAUACGACUACAGGUGGCUUCACAAGUUGCAGUAAGUCUAGUCAUGGUCAGAGUGCAGAUGCUUCUUUCAAUCUUUUUAAAAAUCAAAGACGCCACAUGGGAAAUAUAUGUUCUGAAUGUGGGAAAUGUUUUACCCGGAAAUCAUAUUUUUUGUGCCAUCUGAAAAUACAUACAGGUGAUAAACCAUUUUCAUGUUCUGAAUGUGGGAAAUGUUUUACCAAUAAAGCACAACUUGGUAAACAUCAGACAAUUCAUACAGGAAAAAAGGGAUUUUCAUGUCCUGACUGUGGGAAAUGUUUUACUCAGAAAUCAACUCUUAUUACUCAUCAGAAUAUUCAUACAGGAGUGAAAGCUUUUUUAUGUUCUGAAUGUGGGAAAUGUUUUACAUCCAAAUCAUCUCUUAUUAGGCAUCAGAAAAUUCAUAGAGGGGAGAAAGAUUUUGUGUGUUCGGAAUGUGGGAAAUGUUUUACGCUGAAAUCACAUCUUAAUAGGCAUCAGAAAAGUCACACAGGAGAAAAGGCAUUUUUAUGUUCUGUAUGUGGGAAAUGUUUUACUUUGAAAUCAACUCUUGAUAAUCAUAUAAAAAUUCAUACAGGGGAGAAAGCAUUUUCGUGUUCUAAAUGUGGGAAAUGUUUUACUCAGCAAUCAACCCUUAUAAAUCAUCAGAAAACUCAUAUGAAAUAAAAUCAGAGCUUAACCUCUUAAGCGCAGAGGCUGACACGUAGUUGUCAUCCACACAAUGUCUAGAAUGCUGAUGAUGAUUACAUGUUGUCCUCUGGGGGCACGCUUUUGGGGCUGUUUGAGGUCCCCCUCUGCCCCUCAAGCAGUUACGAAUUUGCCCAGUGUGCUGGGGGAUUCAGGGUUCCUAUAUAUGUUUAUAUAGCCAAGUAAUCACUUGUAAAUAAAAUGUGCAUUUACUGUAGUAGAGGUUCAUGAAAGGGAACACCCAUGUGCUGAUGAAAGUGAUAUAAAUAUAGCCAAAGUUCCUUAUUUAUAUGUUGAUAAAAACCUUCUUUGAAAUUUACGUACUGUUUGCGGCAAUAUAGUUAGGUGAUCACUGAGGUGACAGCGCUUCCUUAGCUAGAUUUUAAAUUAACCAGGUGUACAGGGUGAGCACCUAACAUCAAAAGUAGAAGAGGACUCCAAAAGGCCUUGACUGGAUUAGGAUAGCCCCCCUGGCUGCUUAAAAUGUAUUGUGAUGAAAAAUAAGAACAAAUAAAAAAAAAAUACUGUUGAUUUUCAAUUGCUAUUGCCUAUAGAAAAACAUUUUCUGCUAUGUUAGAAAGGUUACCUAAUACAAUUAUAGAUCUACAAAAGCUUUGACUAUAGAAAUGAGAAAACUGUCACUUUAUUGUAUACAACCUAGUUUAUUAAAAUAGUAAUUAAAAUAUGCAUAUUUUUCGCACCCAUUUGAUUUAAAUUUCUGAUGAUAAAAUAAUGGUAUAGUUUGAAUCUGCUGGGUCCUCUGAAAAUAAUAAUAUAUAGUUUGUUAUAGUUUCUCACUAAAAAAUGACUCCCAGUCAUGCUUAAAUGUGAGCUGCGUCUAGAAUCCCCUAAACAGUUCAGCGCAGGAGUGGUUAAGCAGCUAAGGGGUUAGAUGGACAUUAAACAUUUUGAGAUUAUGGCCAAGUAUUGUGUUAUCAAAUAAAUAGUGAUGUGUGAGCUCAUGUGGCUUUACCCCGUUCAUUCAACUGAAACUUUAUGCUUUGACUUUAAGUUGGUUGACCGCAGCAUUAAAUAUCUAGGAGGUAAUUUAUCUAGGAACCAUUUACAAUGGUACGACCUUAAAGCAAUGCAUAUGUUUUCCAAAUGGUGAUGAUGGAAAAGAUAUCAUAGUAAAGUUUAUAUAACAAGCAGCAGAUUGUACUUAAUUUUAUUUCAAUUCAAAGUUUCUAUAGUCCUCGAACUACAAUUUUAUUUAUUUUAAUUUACGUCAUCAAUCUCCACCCCUAAAAAGGUCUUGUCUAUAGUAUGUUCUAAUGUCCAAUCGCUGCACUCCUAAUUUAAAUAUUUAUUCUGGCUGUGUGUGUCUAUGAGCACCUUCGCAAUACAACUGCACCUCAACACAUGCACUUGGUGCUGAUGCUGCCAAGAACUGAUGCAGCACCGAUUUCCUAGCGGUCACGUAAACGCAGUUUACUCCUUGCCAUACUACACAUGCGUGGGGGAUCAGAUUCCUUUGCGCAUGUGUUGAGGUGUUCACUACCCAGAACUAAGGCAAAGUAGAGAACCCAGUUUGCCCAACAUGAUUGGCUAAUGCAAAUUUGGGGAAACCCAUUUUUUUAAGGAAGAUUGCACAGAAACUACUACAAAUUGUAAAUGCAAGGUAUUUGAGCGAUUUUCAAAUAUAAAUUCAUGAAUGCAAUGAUAGAUUAAAAACAUUUGCCUGUUACAUCCCUUUAAAUAUAGACCACUAAUUUCUAAAAUAGUAGAUGUUUUGAAUAAUUGAAAAGCUAUUGAUUAAGAUGAUACUCUUCCACAUGAGCUCACACUUAUCGCUAUUGAUUAAGAUGAUACUCUUCCCUAAACUUUUGUACUUGUUCCAAUUGUACUGCAGAAAAGAUAUGUAACACUCUUAAAUAAAAAAAACAAAGUUUUUGUGGAAUGGGGAAAAAAACACUAUCAGUUUACCAGUUCUGUCACUGCCGGGGGGAUAUGGUCUUCCAAACUUAGUUAUAUAAUUAAGCAGCGUCCAGUAUGGAUGUAUUAGAUUGGAUGGGAGAUACUAGCCAUUUUACUCUGACAAAUAUAGAGUGAGACCUUGUGAAGCCAUGGUCCUUGGUGAUAUUGCCACAUGACAUUACAGAAAAUGCACUGUUAUAUAGUUAUAAUGCCUUAAUGAUUAUUUCAUAUUAAAACUGUUCUUUCAGAAUUGUUUCAUUAGUAAACCAUAGUAUCAUUGACGUAAUUAUAGGAUUAGGAUGUUAAGAGGAUAGACAAUGUUUGUUUUGGGGGAGGGGGGACAAUGGACUUCUCUUUAAUAAAAUGAAGGAUAACGUGGCUAAGACAAAAAGGACUUUUGCAUAUCUGAAAAACAUAGUUAUAUGUAUGAGACAUUCUUUCUAUAUAUCACCUUUUAUUCUAUGCUAAUGUAACUCACAACAGAAUGUGCUAUUGUUGUCUUCAAUAAAAAUAUUUAAAAAACACUAAGAUUGUAAUAUAAAAUGUUUACUUAUGUGUAUUAAAGCUACUUUGCAAUAUA